GGUUACACAAGUUUCGAGCACCAAAGCGGAUUGUUAACUUUUGCAUUUAGUGACAAACAUCCAAGCAUUCAACGUUAAGAAAUAAGAAUGAUGGAUCAGAGCAAUAAGAAGAAAGAUUAUCCAGAAGACUUCAACAAGAAGCAUAUAUCCCGUGUUCUUAUAGCAAUUGAAGUCUUUUCAGAUAUUUGAACUACUAUAAACCAUCUUAACGAUCAACAUACACGUAUUUGAUUUGUAUAGGACAUAUUAGUGUGUUAUUUCCAGUGAUUUCAGAAGUCAAAAUUGUAACGCCAUCUUAUUAUCAUAUAAUUAAUCACAAAACAGUUUGCUUUACCAUCUCAGUAAAACUCAUGUCUUUAAAUGCAUGUUCCUGAAACGUAUAUUAACUUAGACAGCAACAAACUCAGUGUGCGUUAUUUUUGAAGAGAAGCGAAAACUGUUGUGCAGGAGUACAAUGCAGAGUAUUUAAUUUGAAGGAUACAUUACUCUGCAUAUUCUCGAUACUGAAAAAUGUCGUUAAGUAACCAACGAAACUUGAAGGAAUCGUAGAAGUUAUCAGAAAAGUUAAAUGUAAUAUCAAUGCAAACAACAAAAUAAAAUGGUGUAACCAAAAGCAAAAUGAUACUACAAUGUGGGGCACUGUCUUACGGUCAGAAUUUUCAGAAUUUCAGUCUCGUAUCUAGAGCCACAUAGUUCCCUACUCUUUCAGGCAUCUGCAGAAUAAAGGGGUGGAACUUCAAUGUAAAACAUAAGGGUCUGUUUCGACAUUGCAAAGUCUUCAGUCUUAUUCUAAAAGUACCAAAUAUAUAACAACACUCUUCUGGUUUCUCCAAGAUCGAAUCAAAGUGGUCAAGGAUAUGUGACAACUGAAUAUACCAUUAUGUCAGGUUUUCUGUUGGUUGCCUUGCUAACUACUUAUUUUUGUAUAAUGACAAUCUCUGUAUUGGGACAAUGCCCCCAGCAGUGUUCUUGCUCAGUUGUGCAUGGCACAGACUGCAUCAAAUCGUCAUUGACCGAACUUCCUCUGUCACAAUUCAACAAGUAUAUUACCAAACUGAAUGCACCCUUCAACAGUAUCACUAUGCUGAGUAAGAACUCUCUGAAAGACAUCCCAUUGCUAACCCACUUGAACCUCUCUCAUAACAAAAUCACCAAUGUCGAUUCACAAGCAUUCUCGUCCUUAAAGAAAUUGUACUCUCUGGACCUUUCAAGUAACAACAUAACCUCAAUUGAGUCGGUCACUUUCAUGUAUAACAGACAACUCAAAUGGCUGUCUUUAGCUGAUAACUGUAUGUUCAGACUUCCAGAUAAAGAUGGAUUGUACCUGACCGAGCUUUUAUUUUUUAAUAUCUCCCAUUGUAACAUAAAGAAUAUCCCUUUAAACACAUUCAGUAAUAUCCGAAAACUUCAGGAGCUGUGUCUUAAUAACAAUAAAAUUAUUUCUCUCAACCCUGAAAUCUAUCGCCCUCUUCUUGAACUUCAGAAGCUAGAUUUAUGCUACAAUGCCCUACAACACAUAAAUGGCCAAGUUUUCUCACGACUCUUGAAACUGACGUCACUUUCCUUGUGCCAUAAUAACGUCAGUAGGAUCAACAUCACUUUAUUAAAUGCAGUUGCUAGGAUCGGUGACGUUAAUAUGGAAGGAAACCCAUGGAUUUGUGACUGUGACUCCGCUGAUGUGUAUUACAAAUGUGCCAAAGAAGAUAAUUGUAAUUUGAAUUUGAAAUGUGCGUUUCCUGAUAAUUUCAGAGGCAGAUAUUGGAAUGUUAUUGGUGAAUUAACAUGCAUGCCUCCUAUUUCGCCAACGACUGUGGGAGCGUCUUCAGAGGCCGAAGCGGUCGCCACGGUGCAUCAGACGACGAUAGAACAAAUGUUACAAGAAGAACCUUCAGAGCCGAGCUCUCUGUACUGGAUUACAAUGUCUCUUUUGGUGCUUUUCUUAUCCGUGUGCAUUUGUGUAAUUGUGGUGCUAGGGAGAAGAAUCAGUAGGAAAAACAGCAAGAGAUUCACGAAGGAUGCUGAGGAGGACGGCGCCGAGAGUUGCAGCACCGGAGGCUUCGGUAGCAGAAUACUAGAGAACGAAGACCAUUUUCAACAAAUAGAAAUGCGUUAAUGAUGGUGGAAGUGAAUAACAAAAGUUUCAGUUUGCUGUUAACUGAUUACUAUUCGAAAUGAAGUUACUCAGUUUGCAUAUCACAUAUUCAAUAAUAAUAACUCAGUUCAGUUCUUUAUUCUUUAAGUGCCUAGUCAACA